AAGUGGUUUGUUGUGUUGGAAUACCCGUGAUAGGAGCAACCGAGUAUGUUUGGAUGUGAAAGUGUUUUGCUGAGAGAAGUAUCUGACAUUUCCAAAAGGCGUCGGAAUGGAGGCGCCGAUGCUACGCCAACCUUCCUUAAUCUGCGACAAGAGUGAAUUCUUGUCAGUGGGAUAGGAUCGUGUUUCGGUGGAGUAGCAGCACGUCUGCUACGGUAAUUGACAAUCUGCGUUGCGGUCAGUGGACCGGGGCCAGAGGCGACCUACCACCUGAGGCAGAACGACACGCACUUUGACAUCUGGUGGUCGUAGGAGAAAUAUUGAAAGCUACGCCAAGGUGUCCAUGAAAGAGUAGCGUACAUCGUAUAAAAGAAUAAUAUCAGUAAUGGCUCAACAGUUCAACCAACAUGUAAUGAGCGUUUUACUCAUUUUCAUCGUGUAUCUGAAUCAAGGGCUCAGCAAAACGUUCCAGAGUUUGUCUGAGGAACAGUUUCUUUUGGAGCUGAGUGAGGAUCGAGCAACGAUGGAUGAUCGACGGCCAACCCGGCGACCAUCGUCACAACACCGGAGUCGGCCACCGUACCUCGGUAUCUACGGUAGUUCCGGCAAAAUCAGCCAACAGUUUUAUCCCAGCGCAGCGGAGAUGAGCGAGAACGAAAGUUACGAUUCGGACGAGAGCAAUCGAUUAAGGACACCGUUGGACCGAGGUCCACACUUUGAUAUGUCCGCUUCGAAGAACAUUACGGCGCUCGUCGGCAAGACGGCGUACCUCAAUUGUCGCGUCAAAAAUCUCGGCAACAAAACGGUUUCGUGGGUGAGGCAUCGUGAUAUCCAUCUAUUGACCGUUGGAAGAUUCACGUAUACAUCCGAUCAGCGGUUCCAGGCGGUGCAUAAUCCCGUGCACGAUGACUGGUCGCUUCAGAUUCGAUAUCCUCAGAAGCGAGAUACGGGAAUGUACGAAUGCCAGAUUUCGACGACACCCCCGGUCGGCCACUCGAUGUACCUCUCUGUUGUUGAGCCCAUCACCACGAUCGUCGGUGUACCGGAUCUGUACAUCAACACUGGUUCAACUGUUAACUUGACCUGCAUCGUACGGAACUCACCUGAACCACCAUCAACCAUUAUCUGGACACACAACAAUCAGGAGAUCAACUAUGACUCCCCAAGGGGUGGUGUGUCCGUCAUCACGGAAAAGGGUGAAACGACCACCUCCUAUCUGCUCAUUCAACGCGCUUGGACGACUGACACGGGCAAGUACGUUUGCUCGCCAUCGAACGCGGAUCCGGCGACCAUCAAUGUGCACAUCUUGAACGGUGAACAUCCUGCUGCUAUGCAGCAUGGUAGCCAGCUACGAAUUGAUGACCCCUUCAAUGUGUUUUGCCUAUGCAUAAUCAGCAUUUUCCUCGGAUACCGAUGAAAAUAAAAGUAGCUACUCCUGACAUCACUCAUGG